AUGGCAGGUGGUCACUUCAGUCUGGAUGACAAUACAGUGCAGAAGGAGUCCGUCCCCCUCCAACCUGCCAGAAUCCCUGGUCACAACUCUCCUGGUAGCACCUUACUGCUGGGUCUGAAGAGGGUGUUUGUGCGGCUGGUCGACUGCAGGAAAACACCAGGGCAGAGUGGAACUGUGAGAGAAGGACACGAGGAUGGAGAUUUGAUUUCAUCAAGGGACUCUCCUCCUCUCAGUGGGAGGGACUUAUCAUCUGGGAAGCUUCAACAACAACAUGUUGCUGACAAGGCAGAGAAGAGUGUCUCCCAAUCAGAACACCUCAAACCCCAGCACAGACGUACAGGGAAGAAAUCUCACCACAGCUGCUCUGACUGUGGGAAGAGUUUCACUACACGGAGGUCCUUCAUAAUUCACCUGCGUAUUCACACCGGAGAGAAGCUUUAUCACUGUUAUCAGUGUGGAAAGAGCUUCAGUCAGUCAGGCAACCUGACAACACACCAGGUAACACACACUGGAGAGAAGCCUUAUAGUUGUGAUCAGUGUGGGAAGAGCUUUGCUCGGUCUGGACAGCUGACUACACACCGGGUAACACAUACUGGAGAGAAACCUUAUAGCUGUCUUCAGUGUGGAAAGAGCUUUAAUCAGGCAGGCAACCUGACAGCACACCAGCUAACACAUACUGGAGAGAAGCCUUACAGCUGUGAUCAGUGUGGGAAGAGCUUCAAUCACUCAGGCAACUUGACAGCACACCAGGUAACACACACUGGAGAGAAGCCUUAUAGCUGUGAUCAAUGUGGGAAGAGGUUUGCUCACGCUUCCAACCUAACUAGACACCAGGUAACACACACAGAAGAGAAGCCUUACAGCUGUGAUCAAUGUGGGAAGAGUUUUGCUCAAGCUUCCAACCUAACUAGACAUCAGGUAACACACACCGAAGAAAAGCCUUACAGCUGUGAUCAAUGUGGGAAGGGGUUUGCUACAUAUUACACAUUCAAAUAUCAUCUGAGAAUUCAUACAGGGGAGAAGCCUUACCGCUGCCUUGAUUGUGGGAAAAACUUUGCGAGUGCAGGAUCCCUAACCAUACACCAGAGUGUACACACAGGAGAGAAGCCUUAUAGCUGUCAUCAGUGUGGGAAGAGCUUUGCUGUAGCUAACACCCUGAUUAUACACCAGCGCAUUCACACUGGAGAGAAGCCUUAUAGCUGUAAUCUGUGUGGAAAGAGCUUUGCUGUGGUUUCCACCUUGAAUAAACAUCAGCGCAUACACACUGGAGAGAAGCCUUAUAGCUGUGAUCAGUGUGGGAAGAGCUUUGCUCUAUCAGAUAAACUAACUAUACACCAGCGAACACACACAGGAGAGAGGCCUUAUAGCUGUGAUCAGUGUGGAAAGAGCUUUGCUCGAGCUUCCACCCUGAAUUCACACCAGCGAACACACACUGGAGAGAAGCCUUAUAGCUGUGAUCAGUGUGGAAAGAGCUUUGCUGAGUCAGGGACCCUGAAUUCACACCAGCGAACACACACUGGAGAGAAACCCUAUGUCUGUCUAUGUGGAAAGAGUUUUUCUCUUUUAGGGCAAAUAAAAAAACACCAGAAAUCAAAAACGUGCCAUAUUUCAUCUCCAUCCUAUACCCGACAGUGGUUAUAGAUCCCUAAAUUAAAGGCUCUAUAGAAAACAUAUCCAUCUCCCAUUCUUAAACAGUUGACUUAGUCUGAUCACCAUGGUAACCUCUGUGGAGCAUAAUAUGCAGCUCUGAUCUAGGAUCAGGUCUCCCCUGUGUCUAUGUAAUAUCACACAUUGGGAUCUAAAUGGAUAAAUGUUAUCAUAGAAAAUGUCAUAUUGUGUGUGGGAGGGGGGGGUGAUGUUGAUAAUUGUAUCGUCUUUCAUAUACGCAUGAUACUAUUAUUAAAUCUCAUUAUGUAGAAUAAUGUUUCAACAAUAGGUGUAUUUUCAUGUAUUCAAUUAAUCAAUAAAUUCAAUCUAAUAUCUUAUAAACAAGAUAUCGCUUUAAUGUUAGUUUUCUUGUGUGAGCAAGAUGGUGCCAACAGAAAGGGUCGCCUCGCUUCUAGUCCAGCCGGGAAGAACUAUUGGAUAUCAGAGUGACGUCAACUUACCAACAAUUUGACCAGGAAUACAACUUUCCUGAUGCAGAUCCUUUGUUCGCACCACCACCCAGGGCAUUCGAUCUGAUUCCAGAGGCCGACCCAAAACAACGUCGCCGCAGAAGUGGUAGACGGAGUGGCCUUCUGGUCAGAAUUCGGAGGCGUGCACACCACCCACAGCUUCCGAGUAUAUUACUCACUAAAGUCCAGUCUCUAGAUAACAAGGUAGACGAAAUUAGGGCAGGGGUUGCUUUCCAGAGAGACAUCAGGGACUGUAACAUACUCGGUUUCACGGAAACAUGGCUCUCUCAGGAUAUGUUGUCGGAGUCCGUACAGCCACCGGGAUUCUUUAUGCGUCACGCUGACAGAAAUAAACAUAUCUCUGGGAAGAUGAAGGGCAGGUUGUUUGUUUCAUGAUUAAGGACUCAUGGUGUAAUCAUAACAACAUACAAGAACUCAAGUCCUUUUGUUCACCUGACCUAGAAUUCCUCACAAUCAAAUGCCAACCGUAUUAUCUCCCAAGAUAAUUCUCGUCUGUUAUUGUCUCCGCCGUGUAUAUCCCCCCUCAAGCCGAUACCACGACGACCCUCAAGGAACUUCACUGGAUUUUUUGCAAACUGGAAACGAUAUAUCCUAAGGCUGCAUUUAUUGUAGCUGGGUAUUUUAAUUAACAAAGCAAAUUUGAGAACGAGGCUCCCUAAAUUCUAUCAGCAUAUUGAUUGUAGCACUCGUGAGGGCAAUACACUGGAUCACUGCUACUCUAUCUUCCAAGAUGUAUACAAGGCCCUCCCCUGCCCUACGUUUGGCAAAUCUGACCACGUCUCCAUUUUGCUCCUGCCUUCCUAUAUGCAGAAACUCAAACAGAAUGUAUCUCCUGACGAGGACUAUUCAACGCUGGUCUGACCAAGCGUAACCCACGCUUCAAGAUUGUUUUGAUUGCGUGGACUGGGACAUGUAUCAGGUAGCCUCAGAAAAUAAUAUCGAUUUAUACGCUGAUUCGGUUAGUGAGUUUAUAAGGAAGUGCAUUGGAGAUGCUGUACCUACUGUGACUAUAACCUACCCCAACCAGAAACCGUAGAUAGAUGGCGGCAGGUUCUGAAAUUAACACCCGCCAAGCGCCAAAUGUGGGUAGAUUUUUCAUUUGGCGAGUAAAUCUCAGAAGGUUAUCAGCCACACUGGCGGGUAAAUGUUUGUACAAAAAUAGUAAUGUAAUCAAAUCUGGCAUGAUGGCUCAAGGGAAUUACUCAUGUUUGCCAGCCUACCACAGACCGUCUCUAGUGCUCCUAGUUUCGCGGCACUGUUUACCACACGGUACAUCAGCUACUCGACAUCGCUCACUUGCCACGGGUCUGCUGCUAGCUACUGUUCAAUAAAUAGCUAUUAUGUGGCUAUAUUUACCUGGAGUGAGCCAACCUUUUGAAAUGAAAACCCACUGAUGAAAAGGAGGACGAAUCACAGAAAGUUUUGUGAGAAAUGAAGGUUUGGAGAUAAAGGCGUUUCAAGAGGCUGGCUACAGUAAGAUGCGGAGACUGUGGUGAUGAAUUGUUCUGUGUGUCACCAGUGUGCUGAAGAUAAAAGCAGAAACAACUAAUUUGUUAUCAGAAAUAAAAUGAUGAACCUGGAGAACAUUUUUGACCAUGAACACAGCAAGUGUCACCUUGCCUGCGUGCCUUGAGUGUCCCAGGCUCAAUCAGAGCCUCUCUUCUUGACACCCUCUGUGACUGCAAUAAUGGCAAUGUCAGAGCAGACCAGCACGAAGAUGAAGAUACUGUUUAGGACUGUACAUGCCAUUGGCAAGAAGGUGAGACCACUUUCUGACUUCGAGUGGAUGUGUGAAUAAGUGAAUGUUGUUACUCUUGUAGCUAGACUAGUACUUGUGUAGAUUUUUCAAGUCUAUUUAGCAGACGUGGUCCAGUAUUGUAGGUUAUUUCUCAGUUAUUGAUAAGCUUUGGUUCACCUCAAAAUAGUGUAUACAUAACCAAAUUAUAGGCCUACUGAUGAUGACAUGGAUCUCCAUGCUUUCCUAUGGCUCUGUGACAUUCUAUUUGAAUGUUUGUCUCCAGAUGCUGUUUACAUUUUGAAGCAUUGUGACACAAUUGACUUUACCAGCCUUAUAGUGUUGACCCUUAAGUAAACAAAGGCUAGAAGGCUAAUUUAGCACAAUCAACUGACAGCUAUAUUGGAUAACAUGAUUGUAUAUUUAAUUAUUAUUGAAUUAAUUUGAUGUCUUUAUUUUUGCGGUUUGGAUGAGAAAAAAGGAAUCGCUGCGGGCUUAACUAAUAGAAAUGAGAAGCAGGCCAAAGAGUUUAUGCACCAUAUUGCAGAGGUCUUGAAAAAGAAGGGUCAACACUGCAAAUAUUGACUCUUUGCAUCAGCUUUAUGUAAUUGUCAAUAAAUGCCUGUGACACUUAUGAAAUGCUUGUAAUUAUACUUCAGUAUUCCAUAGUAACAUCUGACAAAAAUGUCUAAAGACACUGAAGCAGCAAACUUUGUGGAAAUUAAUAUUUGUGUCAUUCUCAAAACUUUUGGCCACGACUGUACACCUUCUACCACACCAGUCCACUGAACAGGGCAAACCUGGUGAACAGCUUCCAGGCUCUUGGGCACACACCGCUGGUGCCACCAGAAUUGGCAGGACUCGAUGGGGAAGGACACCUAUUGCGUGCACUGGACCACUUCCUGCGACGGUACCAGGGGCUUGCUUGUCCAGCGUCUGGAACAGAUUCAAUCUGCUGAUGCCCAAAAUGUGUCAGGUGUCCAGCAGGCCAAGGCCAGGAAAUACUACAGUACUGCGAGGGAGGCUGUUGUUAUCCACUUCUGUGGCUUCCUGCAUGACACUCUAACACAUCUGAGCAACCUGUUCGCCCGUCUGCAGAGGUCCACCAUCACCAGAGCAACCUGUGCGCCUGUCUGCAGAGGUCCACCAUCACCAUAGCAACCCAUUCGCCUGUCUGCAGAGGUCCACCAUCACCAUAGCAACCCGUUCGCCUGUCUGCAGAGGUCCACCAUCACCAUAGCAACCCGUUCGCCUGUCUGCAGAGGUCCACCAUCACCAUAGCAACCCGUUCGCCUGUCUGCAGAGGUCCACCAUCACCAUAGCAACCUGUUCGCCUGUCUGCAGAGGUCCACCAUCACCAGAGCAACCUGUGCGCCUGUCUGCAGAGGUCCACCAUCACCAUAGGAGAAGCCCACAGCUCCUUGUGCUCAACACAGGCAAUACUUAAACAUACCUGGUUUUGUACUUCUUAUUUAAUCUGCAAUAAGAAAUAGUUACCUUAAGAGAAAGGACUACGUCAUUAAGAGAGAGAGAAUGUUGUAAAAGAACAUUCUGAAAGGAUGGUAAAAUGAGCCUGUUGUCAUCAGAGAAGGGCCUGUGAUGAAGGCCACAAUGGCCAACAGAUAUGAGGGGAUUUCGAUUGCCCUAUGGUGACAGCAAGACACUCGUCACAUCACCGGACAAAAUGCUUGACGGGCUAGUGGAGAGUAUGACUGACAGGUUCCAGGACCCCAGUGUAGAGGUCCUGUGUGCCAACAAGCUGGUCAGCUUCACCAGUGUAGAGGUCCUGUGUGCCAACAAGCUGGUCAGCUUCACCAGUGUAGAGGUCCUGUGUGCCAACAAGCUGGUCAGCUUCACCAGUGUAGAGGUCCUGUGUGCCAACAAGCUGGUCAGCUUCACCAGUGUAGAGGUCCUGUGUGCCAACAAGCUGGUCAGCUUCACCAGUGUAGAGGUCCUGUGUGCCAACAAGCUGGUCAGCUUCACCAACUGGCCAGAGUCAGGAUUUUGUAUUACAGGGCAGUCAGGUUACUUUAUGUUUUGUAUUACAGGGCAGUCAGGUUACUUUAUGUUUUGUAUUACAGGGCAGUCAGGUUACUUUAUGUUUUGUAUUACAGGGCAGUCAGGUUACUUUAUGUUUUGUAUUACAGGGCAGUCAGGUUACAUUAUGUUUUGUAUUACAGGGCAGUCAGGUUACUUUAUGUUUUGUAUUACAGGGCAGUCGGGUUCGGGAUCAUAUUUUUAUACUUUGAGAAGUAAAACUGCAUGAUCUUGUUGUAAUGUAUACAGUUAUUCUAGAUUUUGGAGACACUGAACUGGAAACCCUGGUGGACCACUUCCUGUCCUGGAGACCUCUGGCAUCCAUGUUGAAAGGAUCCCUGACCAGUGGACUGUCCUGGAGACCUCUGGCAUCCAUGUUGAAAUGAUCCCUGACCAGUGGACUGUCCUGGAGACCUCUGGCAUCCAUGUUGAAAUGAUCCCUGACCAGUGGACUGUCCUGGAGACCUCUGGCAUCCAUGUUGAAAUGAUCCCUGACCAGUGGACUGUCCUGAAGACCUCUGGCAUCCAUGUUUAAAGGAUCCCUGACCAGUGGACUGUCCUGGAGACCUCUGGCAUCCAUGUUGAAAGGAUCCCUGACCAGUGGACUGUCCUGGAGACCUCUGGCAUCCAUGUUGAAAGGAUCCCUGACCAGUGGACUGUCCUGGAGACCUCUGGCAUCCAUGUUGAAAGGAUCCCUGACCAGUGGACUGUCCUGAAGGUGCUGAUAUACCAAAAGCCCCAGUCCCUGUAGAAGAUGUCCUGGUUCUGUGUCAAUGUAACGGAUGUGAAACGGUUAGCUUAGUUAGCGGUGGUGCGCGCUAAAUAGCCUUUCAAUCGGUGACGUCACUUGCUCUGAGACCUUGAAGUAGUGGUUCCCCUUGCUCUGCAAGGGCCGCAGCUUUUGUGGAGCGAUGGGUAACGAUGCUUCGUGGGUGUCAGUUGUUGAUGUGUGCAGAGGGUCCCUGGUUCGCGCCCGGGUAUAGGUGAGGGGACGGUCUAAAGUUAUACUGUUACAUCAACAGCAGCGAUCAGCAGUCCUGCCCUGAUGUGCUGGCAUUGGUUGAUCUGGUCCUCUCCUUCCCUGCCUCCACAGCUGAAUGUGAAAGAGGUUUUUAUACAAUGAAACAGAUGAAAACUGAUUGGUGGUCCAACCUAACGCCUGAUACAUUGAUACAUUGUCAGAUCUUUUUGUUUUUUAUUCAACCUUUAUUUAACCAGGUAGGCAAGUUGAGAACAAGUUCUCAUUUGCAUCUGCGACAUGGCCAAGAUAAAGUGUAGUAAUUCGACACAUACAACAACACAGAGUUACACAUGGAAUAAACUAAACAUACAGUCAAUAAUACAGUAGAACAAAAGAAAACAAAAAGUCUAUAUACAGUGAGUGCAAAUGAGGUAAGUUACGGAAAUUAAUAGACCAUGGUGGCGAAGUAAUUACAAUAUAGCAAUUAAACACUGGAAUGGUAGAUCGGCAGAAGAUGAAUGUGCAGGUAGAGAUACUGGGGUGCAAAGGAGCAAAAUAAAUAAAUACCAGUAUGGCGUCGAGGUAGGUAGAUAGAUUGGCUGUUUACAGAUAGGCUAAGUACAGGUGCAGUGAUCUGUAAACUGCUCUGACAGCUGGUGCUUAAAGCUAGUGAGGGAGAUGUGAGUCUCCAGCUUCAGAGAUUUUGCAAUUCGUUCCAGUCAUGGGCAGCAGAGAACUGUAAGGAAAGACGACCAAAGGAGGAAUUGGCUUUGGGGGUGACCAGUGAGAUAUACCUGCUGGUGCGCGUGCUACGAGUCUCCUUAUGGUCCAGCUGUCCUCUCCAGAGAUCAGGGAGUAUGAUCUGAUAAAUGCUGUGAUGCUGUGGCACCAGGACUCUUGUCAGGAGCAGGAGGCCAGACUUCAUGGACCGUGCAAAGAGGGUGAUUGCGGUAGAGAAUGAGGAGUCUGAGGUUUAAGUUGAUUAAAAUGUUUAAGCAUCUGACAGGUUUACAAAACCUUCAAAUGUACUUUUAGGUUUGAUCCUUAAGUACAUUUAAUAGCAAACACUUCAGUAGAAUUUUGAUAAAAGAUAGCUCUUUGGAAGCUCUCACCAUCACUUUGGUCACAAUGUUUCUGUCCUACAGUGCUCAUCAUCAAUGAGUCAUGAGGUCUUCAGCUUGUUUUAGGCUGUCUUUUACACACUGCUUGUACACUUAUUUUGCAGUGCUCUGCAAUCUCUUCAACCUCUUUCCAUAGUUCUCCAAUGUAACCCUCACUUCUGUAGUCCUGCAAUGUGUCUGUAAGGGCACCUACUAGAUCCACAGCCCUUGCUAGGUCAAGAGAGCUUGAUUGGAGCAUGUCAGAAAGACAUUUGGCAUCACCAAGCACUUUACAAAAGGUAACCAAAAGCCCUAUAAAAUGUGAAUAUAUCUGAGAAUGAAGGCCCCUUGCAUCCACUGACUAUUUUCAAGUGUGAUAUCCUGUAAUUGAUUCAAAUUAAUCAAUUAUACAUUGGAUAAUAAUUUCCAUGAGGUCAAGGCAAGAACUGUGCAUUCUAUGUAAUAACUUUUAGAUGUAUAAUGUAAUAAAACUGGUACAGUUGAAGUCGGAAGUUUACAUGCACUUAGGUGUAAGUCGCUCUGGAUAAGAGCGUCUGCUAAAUGACUUAAAUGUAAUGUAAUGUUGGAGUCAUUAAUUAAAACUUCUUAGGGAUAGCCCCCUUUUUUUCAAUUUUCGACUAAAUGACAUACCCAAAUCUAACUGCCUGUAGCAGGGAUAUGCAUAUUCUUGGUACCAUUUGAAAGGAAACACUUUGAACUUUGGAAAUGUGAAUUGAAUGUAUGAGAAUAUAUCACAAUAGAUCUGAUAGAAGAAAAUGCAAAGAAAAAAACAACCUGUUUUUUUUCUACCACCAUCUUUGAAAUGCAAGAGAAAGGUCCCAGUUCUAGCCAUCACUCUGGUUGUAAUUCAGAUGGUGUCCACAAGAUGGCAGCAGUGUGUGUGCACAGUUUCAGACGGAUAACUUGAAGUAUGAGCGUUCUACAUGACAUUUAGUGUGAAGUCACCCAGGUACAUUUGUGCAAAUCUUGAAGGAGACGUUUACAUUCAUAAUACAUUUUUCUGCAAGAAUAUCGUCAAGUCUGUAUACUUUAACUUUGAUAUAGCUUUUCCAUUAUUAGUAGCCAUAUUAUUAAUUCAACAUUUGCAAAACAACCAGUUUUCAUAACUCUGAAUAUUCUUAUAGUUUUUGUCCAAAAGGAAAAGGCAUGCUGUCACAAAAGGUUAGCACCUACAUUUUGUGACAGACACAGGGUUUCCGGAUACUCCCGUAAUCUAGCUAGCUUUGUUUGACCCCGAUUGGUGCUUAUUUGACAAAGAUACAAUUGUAAAUGCUGGUGUUCCUAGCUCCAACAGUGCAGUAAUAUCUAACAAUACACCCGUCUAAAAGUAAAAUAAAGGAAUUAUUGACAUGUACACACCUGUACAAUCACUCUCUCUCACACACACACACACUUGGGUAAUGCAAGUUAUUUUGCUGUUAGGGGAAUAACCUGUAAUGUGAAUGUAAUAAUCUGCUGCUGUAUUGUUUUGUAUUAUCUGUGAUGGUUUUGUUUGUCUUGUUUAGUUUAUUAAUCAUUGUACCUAAACUGUAUGUAUAAACAUGUAUACGCAGGGCCCAGCUGUAAAAGAGGUCUGUCUGUGUUCCUUGUUGAAAUAAAGUUAUAAUAAUAAUA